CGCACCUCAGACCAGACAGACCUCACCAACCUGGCAGCCUCCCCGCUCGGCACCGCACAUCGGCCAAGCCCCGCCGCCCGCAGCCAAUCACACACACUCCCCAACCACCAGACCUCCACAUCCCCCACCUCCUAGGGCUCACUCCCCACCCAAGUCAAAACAGAAACCUCUAGCUCCAGGCCAAUUCCUCGACCGCAUCGCCGACCGACCGACCGCCUCCAUGGCCACCUCCGCCGCUCUCGCCGCGCUCUCCGCCACGGCCACCGCCGCCGGCAAGCUCCUGCUCCUCCCGCGCCCCUCGUCCGCCGCCUCCUCCCUCUCCUUCGCCUCGCGCCGCCUGGGCGCCGCGGGGUCCCUCCGGGCCCGCGGGCUCCCCGGGUCCCCGGUCCGGGCCGCAGCGUCGUCCGCGUCGGCGCCCCCCGCGGCGGCGGCCAAGACCAUCGCGGUCGGGGACCGGCUCCCCGACGCGACUCUCUCCUACUUCGACUCCCCCGACGGCGAGCUCAAGACGGUGACGGUGCGCGACCUGACGGCGGGGAAGAAGGUGGUGCUCUUCGCGGUGCCCGGCGCGUUCACGCCCACCUGCACCCAGAAGCACCUCCCGGGGUUCGUCGCCAAGGCCGGGGAGCUCCGCGCCAAGGGCGUGGACGCCGUGGCCUGCGUCUCCGUCAACGACGCCUUCGUGAUGCGCGCGUGGAAGGAGAGCCUCGGGGUUGGCGACGAGGUGCUGCUCCUGUCCGACGGGAACGGGGACCUCGCCCGCGCCAUGGGCGUCGAGCUCGACCUCUCCGACAAGCCCGUCGGGCUCGGCGUCCGGUCCCGGCGGUACGCGCUGCUGGCCGAGGACGGCGUCGUCAAGGUGCUCAACCUCGAGGAGGGCGGCGCCUUCACCAACAGCAGCGCCGAGGACAUGCUCAAGGCGCUCUGAGUUGCGACCCCCUCCUCUCCUCGCUCGCCAUGGUUUGUGCCUCCCUUACCUGAAAAAAAGUUAGCUUUCGUUUCUGAAUGAUGAAUAAUCGUUGCGUCAACGACGGUGGUGUCUUGUGUUGGUUGCUGCCGCCGCCGCCGAGAGUUUGGUGACUGGCGAAUUCUGCACACUUCACCUCAGCGUAACUACUGUGUAAGAGUUGUCAUCUUGAUGCGAAGUUUCUAGCGAACAUGAUAGCUCCUUUGUGAUUGUGAACGUGCUCUGUUUGGCAUCUUCUGAUGGCAUAUCACUAUUAUCAGUUUUGUGUCGAGGUGCAA